AUGGACUACAAUCCUGUUGCUCAGGUUGACGAUAAUGAUGUUGCAUCCCAGUCAAGUGAUUCAGAUAUCGCAGAUCAUCCAUCUGUCAAGGCUGCCAAUUCGGGACACAAAGCACACGAGUCGAUCGCUUCUGUCCAGCAGGGAAUGGAAAAUCUGAUCGACAGCAUCAAUACCGGCGACAGAAAUCAUUCAUCCAGUUACGAGUUAAUCGAAGACGACGACUAUGAAGAGACUACCGAGCAAAACAAACCAAUUCCAGUGGCUGGGACAAAUAGCGCUCACCAAACUUCAACGGUCGCCGACUUGUCCACCGGCGCGGAAAUAGCACCACGAUCCACGUCGCCGGAGCCGCUAGUUCGUACCUCGAGCGAUGUUUCCAUCCCAUUACGCCACCCAACCCCUGAUUUACAAUCGUUACAAGGCGCUUAUGUCGGCAACAUUGAAAGGCUAGAGAAGAGUGCCGAGCGCCUCAGCUUGACUUCUUCCGACAUAGGGGUCGAGCUCCGAAAGCUAGAUCUCGAGCAAAAGCGACGCUCUUCGGCUUCUUCAGCUUAUCAGGGUCCUGAUUCUCCGUCAACGCGUCAGAUGUCGAUCGGUUCCUUGUCAAACUCUAUUAUCGCUGUAAAUUCCGCCGCUCGUUCAGGAGGGUACUCUCCAGGAGGAUUUCUUACUUCGCCGCGUGGGUCGAUCAUCUCAGGUUCGCGCUUUCGGUCAACCUCCGUUACCUCGCCGUUACAGGAGAUUCACGAACCAGGCCACGAGGAGGAGAUGGAAGCCUCUGCAGUUGACAAUUUCGACGAUAAAGACAUUCCUAUUUUGACGCCACGUCCUUUGCCAGCUCAUGCUCGCAACAAUGAGGUCGAAUUACACAAUCCCUACGCGCCGGAGGAACCGUUUCAGGACGUGCCUGAUCGGCCAUUGACUGCGCAGUCGACCGAUACCUAUCAACAGGCAACCAAUCUAUUCCUCGAUUUCGAUGGCGUCCAUUUCGUUCCACAUCCAAAAGAGCCCGGUCUCUCGCGUCAAUUGUCACUGAACAGGCCACCACUAGCGACAUCCGCCGAACGUCACAAAGAACCACAGGCUGGCAAGGAUAUGGUCUACUAUCCAGCUCCCAUACCUAAAUUCUUGAAUCUCCCGCAGCGUCUUUCGAAACAGUCCGCAAAAGUCAACAAUGAGAAGCGUCGCACACAGUUGAUGGACAUCAUUAGCGCUACAGACAAGGAAGCCAAGGUCGAGGAAAUGAAUGCACAACGUGUCAGCAAAAGACUUUCAACUCUACCUCCGCAACUACGAGCCAGUGUCUUCUUUGAUCAACCAUCAUCCAAUCUCGCAUCUCUUGAAGUUCAAUUAAAAGACCACUCUGCAGUUACUACUCUGGAUAGUAUUCUGGAUGCUUCUACACAUGCUCCUGUCUCUGCAUUUACAGAUCACCCAAUUGUGGGCAGUGCUGGAGCCAAGGUCUAUGGAUCGGCGGACAAGAAGCGCGCGUCUCGGCUAUUGGCUGGGAAGGGUAGUAAAGAUAGGAUCAAAUCAAGUCCUGGCCCUCGUGAAAGCGCACUUUUCGUUCCAGGUCAAGGAUUGCACGCAUACUCUGACACAGACGCAGCUGAGGGAGAUCCAAUGCACCCCGGUGGUUCCGAGCACGAGCAUCGUUCCCAUUCGCAGUCUUCGUCGGACGCUGAAUCUAGUGAUGAACACGGUAGUGAGGAACACACAAGCGAUGAAAACGAUGACGAGGAGGAAGAUAGUACCAGUGAGCCGGAGAGAUUCGACAAUGACGAGUCAAUGCUGUUCGGUCGCCCAACAACACUUCUUGCAGAGUUACAGAUGAGGAAAGAGGAACAAAAACAGCGAAACCGUUCAGCGGCUAAAGCAUUCCCUAAUGGAUUGCACUCGACAUUGUUGCAGCUCGACGCUGUUGCUCAAGCACAAAGUAAUAAACGACGACAAAAACAUGUUACUCUGGCUUGGGAGGCUGAAGCCGUUGGAGAUCCCGACGAUGCCGAUGACGAAGACAUACCGCUUGGCAUUUUAUAUGGCAAUAAGAACCCUGCGGAAGAAGACCGACCUCUGGGUCUCAUGGAGCGCCGAGAGCUUGAGGAGAACGAACCGUUGAGUAAACGUCGAGCACGACUACGUGGAGAGGUAAUUCCUGCGACGAUGCCCAACAAGCGCGCUAGCACAAUGACACAGUUGCAGUCAUUCCCUGCGGCACAAUCUGACAGCGAGGAUGAAGGCGAGACUCUUGCCCAGCGAAUAAGUCGUCUAAAACAGGAGAAGAAGGACAAGACAAAGAGCGUCAUCUCGACUGAAUUUGAGACUGAAAUCAUGAGCGAACUGGGCAAACUUUUACCAGCAGAGCCUGUCAAAGAACCAGAACCGGAACCGACUACCAAGGCGGCUGAAAAGGUCGUUGCAGGUGAGGAAGAAGAGGAAGAAACACUGGCUCAGCGUAGAAAGCGCCUGCAAGCCGAAGCUGCGCAGGCACAAUCGAAGAACGUGCGAGCUAGCCGCAGUAUGGCUGAUAUCCUUUCGGCAUAUCCCGCAUCCAACGCUGGGUUUCCUGUCUCUGGCAACGCCCACGCUCGUCAGACAUCUUUGAGACCAGCUUCUGUCCAUACUCAACGAUUAUCCACCGGAUUUACAGUACCACCCAGCAUGACCUUCCACACGGGCCUUGCGCAAACCCCCAGUCACCACCCUUCAAUGCUUGGCUACGAGACCCAGCCGGCCUACGGAAAUAUGCCAUACAAUGCAGCAUUUAUGUCCGGUGCAGCAGCAGGCAUGAACGCUUACGGCGGGGGCAUGCAACAUCCACAUAAUGCAGCAAUGAUGCAGCAAAACAUUGUUGACUCGAGACAGGCCGAUGUCAUUGAUCGAUGGCGCCAAAGUGUUGCCAGAUAG